AAGUUAAAGUAAAGCCCCAGAUCAGUUCCAGUCCAAAUCAAAUAUCUUCUUUCAUGAUUUACUUUGAUUGGCUUGCUGCAAUCAUCUCAACACAUGCAUGCACCCUAUUUACCGUUGUGUGGGAUCACAGGAAGGAGAAAAACGAGUUGAACUUUCUUCAAUCAUUUGGACAUUGGAGAGGCGUAGGGAGGGCGAGUCGCUUACUCCAUGCAGAUGUACCCAAUUUGAAGGCAAAAUAGAAGACCUUCUUAAUUCUUGUUGACUGCUUAUGGGUUUGGUAAUUGCAUCUUGUACUCAAUUUGGCCGGGAAAUAUUCGCUUGUUUCUGUCUGCAUUGAAUUGGAAAGAUACCAUUUAUAGCUUGGGAAGAUGAUACACGCCAAGUCUGAAUCAGAUUUUGCAACCUUAUCCCCACCAUCCUCCUACCCUGCCUCCCCUAAACCUCCCGUGUACUACGUACAAAGCCCUUCUCUCGAUUCCCAUGACGAUGCGGACAAAGCAUCUGCUACCGCUUCUUGUCAAGCCACCCCAGCUUACAAUAGUAGUAGUAGCCCAAUGGAGUCUCCUCGUACCUCAACCUAUGGGAGGCAAUCCAAUCCCAGAUCUUCGUCGGCCAGCAGGGUCUCGGGGAAUUGGCGAUGGCCGAGGAUCAGCAGGAAGAGAAGUGGCAAGGGAUGGCAAGAAUGCAGUUUAGUUGAAGAGGAGGGUGUUUAUGAUGAUUCGCAUGAAGAUGAUGAGAAAAGGUCACCUUUAUUAGCAGCUUUCGUGGGGGUUGCAGUGGUUUUUACUGCGUGUUGCGUGAUCAUCUGGGCCGCUAGUAGGCCUUACAGACUUCAAAUCAGCAUGAAGAGCUUGAGAGUACACAACUUUUAUCUCGGGCAAGGCUCCGAUCGAACUGGUGUUCCAACCAAGUUGCUUACAGUUAACUGUACAGCAACCAUGUCCAUUCACAACCCUGCUACAUUCUUUGGCAUUUAUGUCGGAUCCAAGAUGGUUGAUCUAAUGUAUUUCGAAAUGACAGUUGCAACUGGUGAGUUGAAGAGAUAUUAUCAACCAAGAACAAGUUCAAGGACCAUAUCAGUGAACCUAGAUGGGCGUAGCAUUCCUCUCUAUGGUGCAGGGGCAACAUUAGAUGAUGAUGACACAGAGGUUCCACUGAAGUUGAACAUGGAAAUCCAAUCACUAGGGUAUCUAGUUGGUAAGUUGGUCAAGACCAAAUACCAAAAGCGCGUCUCUUGUUCCAUGGUCUUCAAUACUGAACGCAUGGAGGAAAUCAAAUUUCACCCAGAUUCUUGUAUAUUUAAUUGACUGCGAACUGCAAAGAAGCCCUACGUUAUAAUUUUAACCUCCAGUAAAGCUUGUUCUAGCCAUAGCUCAAGCAAUUCUCAAGACUCUGGAAGCAAUUAUCUUUAACUGUAGUGUUUUAUUUGUACAUAAUUGAUCACUAUUGUUAGAACAUCAAUUAUUAGUCGUCUCCACAAUAUAA